CGCCCUCGCCCUUGCUUGGGCUUUAUCACCCCAGACACUCACCGACUGGAGCAAUGCUGGCCAUCAUGUCCAUACUUGGGGCCUUCCUGAUGCUCUGGGGUCUCUCACUGGGCCCAGCAACCGAGGGAGCCAUAGCAUUCGAGACCCGGCCGAACCUGUGGGCAGAGGCCGAAUCGUUGCUGGAGCCCCGGGCCAACUUGACACUGACAUGCCAGGCCCGCCUGAUGACCCCGGAUUUUGAGCUGUUCAAGGAUGGGGUAACCCAGGAACUUGUGCACCUUGAUUUACCUGCCAUGGAGCACCAGUUCCCACUAGGAGCAGUGACAAGUGACACCCGAGGCCUCUACCGCUGCCGCUCUGCCUUGAACGGCGGAUGGACCCAGUUGAGCAACCUCCUGAAGGUGACUGGAGCAGAGUCCCUACCCCCACCUUUGCUCUCAACUGAGCCUGUGUCCUGGAUCACACCGGGUCUGAAGAUGAAACUGCUAUGCCAUGGGGGAUAUCGUGGUGUGACCUUCCUGCUGAGGCGGGAAGGCGAUGAUCAGUUUUUAGAUGUGGCUGAGGCCCCUAAAGAUGCAGAGGCUACCUUCUCAGUCCAUCAGCCUGGCAAUUACAGCUGCAGCUACAGGACCCACGAAGCAGGUGCAUCCUCUGAGCCCAGUGCUACUGUAACAGUGGAGGAGCUGGAAGCACCGUUGCCACCCACGCUGAGUUUCCUGGGAGAGUCUGCAGGUGUCCUGCCCCGGGGCGCCGGCGCGAACCUCCUUUGCGUGGCGCCCCUGAGCGGCGUGGAAUUCCAGCUUCGGCGGGGCGAGGAGGAGCUGCUGGUACCCAGGAGCUCCAGCAACCCAGACAGCAUCUCCUUUCACCUGAACGCGGUGGCUCUAGGAAACGGCGGUCUCUACACCUGCCGCUAUCGGCUGCGAGCCGAGCAAACCUGGUCCUCUGACAGUGCACCUGCCGAGCUGCUGCUGAGCGACGAGACGCUUCCCGCGCCGGAGCUCUCGGCCCACCCCGCGACUCUGCGCCCCGCGCCCGGCACGCUGGUGCAGCUGCGGUGCCGGGCUCCCCGGGCCGGCCUGCGCUUCGCCCUGGUGCGCGAGGACGCCAAGCGCCGAGUGCACCGUGUCCUGAGCCCCGCGGGGACAGAGGCCACCUUCGAGCUGCCGCACGUCUCGGUGGUGGACUCCGCCAACUACAGCUGCGUCUAUGUGGACACGGCGCCACCCUUCAAGGGCUCGGCGCCCAGCGCGCACCUGGAGCUGCGCGUAGACGGACCCCCUCCCAGGCCACGGCUCUGGCCCCUGUCGAGUGGGGCAGUGGUUCCCGGCCAUGAUGUGGUCCUGCGCUGCGAGAGCCAGGUGCCCAGCGUCAUGCCCAGGGUCAUCUUCGAGCUGCUGAAGGCAGACGAAGAGGAGCCUUCAACCAAGCUCUGGUCCAGCCACGCUUCAGCAGACCUUGUACUGACCUAUGUGGGGCCCCAGCAUGCAGGCAACUACAGCUGCCGAUACCGCUCAUGGUCACCCAAACCCUUCGUGUCUGAGCUCAGCGACCCGGUGGAGCUCCAGGUGGCAGGAAGUUGAUCCAGCUGCAGACUCAGGCUGCUAAUGGUAUCUUUGGCAAAUAGUUUCUCCAGUCUGGCUCCGAUCCCUCAUGCUGCAGCUAGAGGCUGGACUCCCCCUGAAAGUGCUGAACUGUCCCUCAUUCUUCCUGGAAAUUAAUAAAAAUGUGAAGAGAC